CCGGGGUGAACGUUGCUGUGCUUGCCCGUCGUCAUAUGAUGCGUCCCCACCACAACCAUCAACAACGCCAACUCCAAUGUUAGCUGCGCAGUGUACCAACGUCACAUGAGCAGCUCAUCGCGAAACCCGGACAAAUGUCGAUAGACUUGAAUUGGGAGACUCUGACCAGCGGCCCGGACGGCGAGGCAUUGGCGGAGAGCAUACGCAUCUUCAUUCACGAUAAAUUCCAAGCUGUGCCGCUGCCACGCUUCAUCAAGUCCGUCACCGUCCACGGCUUCGACUUUGGCAAGACGCCGCCUGAACUCGAGCUCAAGGACAUCACCAACCCGCUUCCUGAUUUCUACGAACAGGAGCUUGGGGAUGACGAGAGCGACGAUGAUUUCGAAGAGGACGAGCACGCCGCAGAGCGAGAGAGACACCAUGCGGCGCAAUCAGCAAGGAAGCAAGACAAAUCAGACAUGAGACACGACAUGGCCGGCCACGACAUGGGGGCGCCUUUCUUUGGGACAUCAACGCCUGGAAUACUGGGCGGGCCCGGUCUGGGAUACUUUCACAACCACAUGGGCACGGGUAGCCAUACGCCGCUGGCGGCGGUUGCUGGUGCGCAUCACGGAAACAACUGGAUGGGCACUGGCCUUGACCCGUCGCAAUUCGUUCCUAGUCACAGCCGCCACGCAUCGCUCAGUAGCAUCUCCGUCGACAACUUUCCAUCUAGUAUACCAUCAACCAAUAGUCUACGAGAAAAGUCGAGUGUAUCGACGCUUGCGCCAACAUCAGUGGGCACAUCACGGCCGCCUACAAGAGACACACCCGCAGGAGAAUCUGCUAUAGUGGACGAUGACGAAGAGGAAGACGACACACAUACCGUACCCCCUGUGCCGCCGCGGGUCCAAAGAAAAGAGCCUAGAGUGGAGGAUGUCCAAGCAGUCUUUAGAAUACAGUAUUCGGGAGAUAUCCGCUUGAACUUAACGGCAGAGAUCCUGCUCGACUAUCCCAUGCCUAGCUUUGUGGGUAUCCCUUUGAAGCUGAACAUUACUGGGCUUUCGUUUGACGGAGUAGGUGUGCUGGCUCAUAUACGCAAGCGCAUUCACUUCUGCUUUCUUAGCCCCGAGGAUGCCAUGACGGCCGUCGGGCCAGAUUCUACUGAAGACGCGGAAGGCGAAAAGGGAACAGGAGCGUCGAAGCAUAAACCCCGAUUUGGCGGUCUAUUGCAAGAGAUUAAAGUAGAUAGUGAAAUUGGUGAGCGUGAAAGUGGCAAGCAGAGUCUCAAAAACGUGGGCAAGGUCGAAAAGUUCGUGCUAGAGCAAGUAAGGCGGAUCUUUGAAGAGGAGUUUGUGUAUCCUAGUUUUUGGACGUUCUUGGUAUAGACAUACGAUAUAGCACAAGGUAUGGGAGUUACUUGGG